GCCCAACACCCCGCCAACUACCCCCAAGUUUGAUCGAGCUCUCUCCACGCACCACCAGCAUACUUGCAAUGGCUUUCAUCGUGCUCCUUGCUGCUGCAGCAGCGGCAAUAGCCUUGGUUCUCCACCACCUCCUCAGUGCCCAAAAAAAGCGCAGCAGCAGGUCUGCAGGCUCGACGUCCUACAGCCUACCGCCCGGCGACCUCGGCGUCCCCGUCAUCGGCCAGACCUUCUCCCUCCUCCACGCGCUGCGCAGCAACACGGACGACCAGUGGUUCAGGGCGCGGAUCAAGAGGUACGGCCCGGUGUCCAAGAUGUCGGUGCUGGGCUCGCCGACGGUGCUGCUGGCCGGGACGGAGGCCAACCACUUCAUAUUCACCAACCAGGGCCUCAUCCUCACGCAGACGCGCGCGCUCCGCUCCCUCCUCCGCCGCUCCAUCCUCACGCUCACCGGCGACGACCUGAAGCAGGUGCGCAGCGCGCUGCAGGGCUACUUGCGGCCUGAGAUGGUCCGGGGGUACGUGGGGAAGAUGGACGCCGAGGUCAGGAGGCAGCUCAAGCUCAACUGGGUUGGUCGCAGCACUGUCAACGUCCUGCCGAUGGCGAGGAGCCUUACACUAGGGGUCAUCUGCUCCGUCGUCUUCGGCGAGGAAGCAGCCGCCAUAGUAGACGCCCUAGCUACCGACUUCCAGCAGCUAGGUGACGCGAUCCUGUCGUUCCCAGUCAACAUCCCCUUCACCAGGUUCGGCAAGGGCAUGCGGUCGAGCGCCAAGAUCAGGGAGGCCAUCACGAAGUUCGCCAGGAAGAAGGAGGAGGAGUACUCCUUGCUGCUGUCGCAGGACGAAGGGUGCACCACCGCCACUGCUACUGCUACGACUUCAGCCGCCACCGACUUCGUCACCUACAUGCUCCUCCUGCGCUCCAGGGGCGCGCACUCCCUCUCGCUGGCGGACAUCGUCGACAACGUGAUGGGCAUCGUCAUCGGCGCGCACGGCACCACCUCGACGCUCAUCACCUUCAUGGUGCGCCACCUCGCCAACGAGCCAGACGUCCUCGCCAAGAUCACCCAAGAACAAGAUGAGAUCGCUGGUAGAAACGGAAGAGACGGUGCUCUAACAUGGGAAGACGUUUCGAGCAUGAAGUACACAUGGAGGGCGGCGCUGGAGACGCUGCGCACGGUGCCGCCGGUGUUCGGGAGCUUCAGGACUGCCACCAAGGACAUCGAAUACCAGGGCUACCUCAUCCCCAAGGGCUGGAAAGUCUUCGCAUCCCAAAGCAUCACGCACAUGGAUCCCAGGUUCUUCGCCGAACCCACCAAGUUCGAUCCGUCCCGCUUCGAGAAGCGCUCGUCGAUCCCGCCGUACAGCUUCCUGCCGUUCGGGGGAGGGCCAAGGAUGUGCCCUGGAACCGAGUUCUCCAGGGUGGAAACCAUGGUGGCCAUGCACUAUCUAGUGACGCGGUUCAGGUGGAAGCUGCGCUUCGAAGACGAAGCCUACAACAAGGAUCCCAAACCUACGCCUGUUUUCGGAUGUCCAGUGGAACUGGAGCUGAGAAAAACCCCUGCAAUAUAAUAGCUGAUGGUGCUUGAAAUGAUGCUUUAAUAUUGUACGCCCAUUGAUUGUAAAAUGUACAGGCUGCUUGUUUGGCUGUGGCCAAACCAUUGUUGUCCGUCCAGCAAUACUUGGCCUAAGAAGAGUGCAUGGAUAUGUUUGGGUGUGCAGUUUUCAUGUGUAGAUGUAUAUACACUGAAGAAGUAGAUAUAUAUAUAGGUGUCACUUGUAAUUAGUUUAGGUUUCUAUAUAUGUUGUGAUUGUGUAAUGUCAAUGGCAUAAUAUUAGGCAGAUCAUCAAAACUUA